AUGUCUCCCCAACAAGGGAAAGAGCCCGUUCGCGGUGCAUUUGUUGCCGCCGAAGCGGCCCAAAUAUUGGACGAUGAAGGUAUCUAUAAUAUCCUAGUGGGAAAUAUGGCGACUGGUUUCGUGGGCCACUCACACCCAUAUCCCGAGGCUGAUUUCGCAGUCGAGGACAAGCAGCUCCAAAAGGCAGUGGAUGCGCUGACUUCUUCCAAUUCCAAAUUCCAAAUAUGCACCAAAUCCGACUGCAUAGAUCUCAAGGGAGACCGUCGAGGCAUCCCCCGAGAGCUUUUCCUUCGUGAAGGGCACUCUGAUUUGGACAGAUUCUCCAGAUGGCACCAUGUUCCUGCGGCCCAUUUCCAUCCCAAGGGCAUAACCUUGUCUCUUCAUUUGAGAUCUGUUGUCAUGCCAUGGCUGACCGAAUGGAGCUUUACUUCUGGUCAAGGCAUUACUAACUCUGAUGACCCCCGACUACCCCCACCGACUGGCAGUCUCGAACCAUGUUUGAAUGGGCCUACCGGACCCUGGCCCAAUUUAUAUCCUAUCCGAAUUCAGAGUCCGGAUGCCUACGUAGAGGGCGCUAUUUACAUGCUGGCACUGCACUUGGACAAGGAGGUCAGUAAAAGCAAUUACUUGGGGCUCAUGUAUGAGGAGAUCAUUUAUCGCAUGAAAUAUGAAUUCCUCGAUCCGUUCAAGCCCGAGUACUAUAGGACUCUCCAGCGCAAGUUCAACUGGGCCUGGCUGUAUAUGAAUGACUACGGCCGCCCUCAAGGUCACGACCGAUAUGCGCCACUUUAUCGGCUCCGUGAGGAUAUGAUCAUCCAUGGCGAGCUUCCAUCCGAUUUGCCCAGGUGGGACCACUCCGGCGUACCAGGGUAUGCGUGGAUUGAUGAAGGCUGGGAUCGCAGAUUAUCUAUGAUGCCUAUAAAACGAGAACUAGAUUAA